CAGAUGGAAGAGCAGGGCAUCCCCCUUUUCGAAGAGAUCAAAAACACGCGGAGGAAACGUGGAUGGAGCCGGGUGUUGUCUGUCGACUCGUCUUAAUCUGCAGAGUUAGAGGCGGCCAGAGGAAAGUAGAAGGAAAAUGCAACUAUAAAAAUAAAAAAGAACAUUUUUAAUUCUUUUUAAAAUGUUGUCCAAUGCCUGUCCUCUUCUUGGAAGCAUCUUCUUUGUAUUUUAACGACACGCUUUCCGUCACCUUAAACUCUGAAGACGAUAUAUUUGGCAGCACUUAAAAACAUUUUUCUGCUCAUAUCAUGUGGAAAAAAAAAACAAAAAAAAGCUGCUUCUGCAUUAUCUUGGCAUUUUAUUUUUAACCAAUAUCAACGGGCAACAGUCAGUAGAAAGUGUUUUGAAGAAGUAGAAAGAUCUCUCUUCCUUAAAAAUGUGAAGACUUCAAUGCAUGCAGCAUCUGCUCAGCAAGUCUCACAACUUUUAUCAUAUCUCAUGUUGGGCGUAAUUACUCAGAAACUCCAUGCUUGCACCUGAAAGCAUAAGAUCCAAACAGUUGCAUUUUCUAUGUCAUCAGAAAAGGUGAUCUAAGUUCAAACACGCGUCAGAAUUUGACUGCUUUAUUGGCCACUAAAGAAGCAGGAUGUACAUUUCGCCCCGUUUUAUUAGAGUGAAAGCAUAAACCUUUGCCUUCCUGCGCUUUUAUUAAACAUUAAACUCGGCCCGUGUGCGACACUGCGUUACGCCCCGGCUUCCUUUAUUUGAAGAAUAAAUGUAGAAGUAGAUAUUUGUUUUAAUAGAUAUCCAGGAAAUGUAACACUGACAUUCUGCAGACCUUUAUUUGGACAUCGGUUGAGUGCUGCUUUCGCUUCCUCAAAUUCAGACAAUUUUGCUGAAUUUGAGUCAGGGCUGUGUGUGCUUAUAAUAAUAGGUCUGGUUUUGCUCCAAUUGAGAAGAAUCAGUUUCAAUAUAACCGUGCGGUUGUUUGCCUUUUUAUUACAGGUUUGCAAACUUCUGUUCUUUUUUGAUGUGAAAAUCAAGUCUUUGUCAAAGAAGUCUUCUAAAUUAUUUGCUUACAUUUGCUAAAACUGUAGUAACGUACAAUAAAUGUGUAUGUCAUGAUCACCCAAAAGACACACAUCAAGUUUGACAUCCCUUGAAAGCUGAAAAGACACAAUUGCUUUUCUUCCAUUAAUAGUUCAAAUCCGACUCUAAUCUGCUGUUUAAUAAUUUAACACAGCAGCUUUUCUUUUUUUUUUUUUUCAAAUCUGAAUAUCAGACGAUGACACACAUGGUGAGAACUAAUACUGUGAGACUUGGCAUGAAAAGAAGAAGAAAAAAAACUCAGUUUCCCAGCCUCAUUCGCUGUCAUGGCAUCAUCAGUCAACCAAUGAAACUGUCCCGCAGAGACAUCUUCCUAUUUCGUGGUGUGAAGUUGAAGAGGCUGUCGCAUGAAUUACUGUCACAAAACACAGCGAGUCACAGAGUUGAGGACGGCUGCUGGAAAUGGCUGAAGAGGACCAGAGCGAGGCAUCACAACAAACAGCUGGGAGCGAUGAAGACAAGGCGAGAGCGAAACAGGCUUCUCCCUGCAUUAUCGAAAUUCACGACUCUACGACUGAAUGCGAGGAAGAAACGGGGACUAGUAAGGUGCCGAUGGAGGAGAAAGCAUUUGUAGCAAGUUUGCACUGUUUUAUGAAAGACAAGGGCACACCCAUAGAAAGGAUUCCCCAUCUUGGCUUUAAACAGAUUGAUCUCUGGAUGAUCUACAAAGCUGUUGAGAAACUCGGGGGAUAUGAAUCAGUGACAACUGGACGCCUUUGGAAGAAAGUCUACGAUGAGCUUGGAGGAAGCCCAGGUAGCACCAGCGCUGCUACCUGCACUCGGAGACACUACGAGAGGUUGGUGCUGCCGUUUGAGAGACACAUAAAAGGGGAGGACGACAAACCUCUACCUCCGAGCAAACCGCGGAAGCCAUACAAGAGGAAUCAGGAGGGUAAAGUGAACAAGAUUGACGGAAAGAGGAAGAGGAGUCAUUCUGAGAGAGAAAUGGAUUCCGAGUUGCCCCAAAGAAGCCAAGAUGUGGUCUGCCCAAGUGAAUCAAUGAUGAGUCCUCACUUCGCCCUCUGGCCUCCCAGCUCUGACAGACGCCACCCGGAGCGACCUCAACCGAGCAGAACCGCUGGAGAUUUCUGCCCCCCUGUAAACGGCCAUGUCCUGCAGGCUCCCAACAACUGGAUUCCUCAUCUUCCCUCUGUUACUGGAGAGGUCAUCUCUCCUCUGGAGAAGAAGAAGCGAAUGGCUCAGGCCAGCCUCAGUGUACCGCUGAGCUCCCUGAGAGAGGACAAGGAGAGGCCUUCGGUCAUCCACUGCUCCCAGUCUCCAGCCAGGGCUUCUUCCAGCAGAAACUGCAAUUCCUCUGAAGGCUCUCCAUUGCCCUUAUCCUCCUCCUCUUCGCGCAGUCCUUCCCCCCUUUCCGUUUCUUCAGAAGAAUCUCCAGCAGGCAGCGGGGACAAACCCAGACCCAGCUCAACAUCGGCCGAGAACUGUUUGAUCGCGGCCAAAGUGCAAGAGGACAACAAACCCAUGAGCUGCGGUCAGGCGCCAAGCACAUCGGAGCAGAAGAAAGACGCGCCUCUCGUCAGCUCCCAAACGCCGACUACUGACUCUGUAAAAAGCCAAAGAAAAGACUCAGCCUGGAACCCUUACCACAAAGUCCACGGCAAAUAUUUCGCAAACCCUUUCCACUCAUUGCCUUCCUUCUCGCAUUCUACCUCCAGCUUCUCCAAAGUCACUCCCAAAUCCGUGCAGCUGCUGCGGCCUUCUCCCAUUCGACCAGGUUACAAACUUCUCCACAGCAGGCUGCUCCAGACGGACAACUCUCUGCCUUUCACCAAGAAGCUGGGCGGCGUGACCCCAUGGUCUUACCCGACAGAGAAGAGGGACAGGUCAAGGACGGUGCAGCAGAAAGUUCCUCCCAGUCAGCAGGGAUUGUCUCAGUCCGCCACAGCCCUGCCGGCGUCGUGCGUUCUGUCCAGUUACGACAAAUCGGCAAGAGACUCCCGGCAUCAUCAGCUGUUACACCCGGCGCUCCUUCCCCACAGAAUGAGACUCCCUUCCUCCCAGCUAAUGUACCAUUCUAUGCCAGUCGGUCCGAGUCACUCAGCUCUCAUUGGUCCGGCCGUUUACCCGUACCCUUACUCCAUUCCUCUGCUAAGUCCACAAGUCGGAUACCCGCUACCUGCCAUGAGUUCAGUUUAUCCUCACAAACUUUGAGGAGGACAAUUGAACACAUUAGAGUAGCUUUCAAACUAGAGGAGAGAAAAUCAGGGCAGUAUUAUUAGUCUAACAAAACCACUAGAAAUGCAACAAUUCUCCACAGCUGCUAAGACCGAGGCCAGUUGAGUCUAUAUCAUGUAAAUGUUGAAACUGCGUUAUUUUCAUCCUGUCUUUGUGUUCCCCCACAAAGUUAUGCUUUUUUAUACAUUAAAAUAAAAGUCAUACUUUUUCAGCCAAUUCACACAUCUGGAAAAGUUUAGUAUUUAAAGGGGUUAGUUUAUCCACAGCAUCAGCCUUACCUCAUUAACAUUUGAUUGCACUGUUUCAGUUCUUGUUCUUAAAUAAAAAAAAGCAACUCUGCUGUUGUUUUUAGUACUGUAUUGUAAAGUCAGAACAGUAAACAAUGUGGUCGCUUUUUUUUUUUUUUUUUUUUUUA